AUGCAUACAGAUCAAGAUGACAAUGAAUAUUUUGCAGUGCCAAAAGCUGUAACCAUUGGUUGGGACGUUGAGAACGGUGCACCUUCAGAAGGUUCAUAUGUACAUCCACAUGGCAUCAUUUCCCUUACAGCUCCCAAACUGUGUGUGAAAGAAUGGACAGGACCUCAUUUUGUUGGUGGUCGAUUUGUGCCAAAACGACUGGCGGAAGAACACAGUUUGCGUUUACCGAAGUAUCCAGAUGCUCAUCAAAUAGUGAAAUUGGAAGAUGUCUGA